UCCUCUCUCUCACACACUCACAGACACGCAGUCACGCUCUCACCCUCUCACUCACGAUUCACGCUCGCUCACCAGUCCACGCUCUCACCCUCUCGCACGGCGCACCACCACCACCGGUCACCACCACGCCACGCCACCACCGUCCACCAGUCCAGCCGCCCGUCUGCUGCGGCUCUACCCUAGACUAGAAGAACAACAUAAAUGUUCACCAAUGACCAUAGGCAACAAGAGAGAACAGGAAAAUAUGGAACUCCCAGAUUGCAAUACCUUCAGGAACUGGUGACUCAGUUUCAGAAUGCUUCUGAGGAGGAAGCAAAAGAGAAGAUUUUAGCGAAUUUGGCCAACUUCGCUUAUGAUCCUUACAACUAUAACUACUUACGUCAGCUCAAUGUUUUGGAACUUUUCCUUGACUGCAUAACUGAACCCAAUGAGAAGCUAAUAGAAUUCGGUAUUGGAGGGGUCUGCAAUUCUUGUGCUGAUCCAGCUAAUGCAGCAAUUGUAACUAAGGUUGAUGGGAUACCUCUUAUCAUUCAAUGUUUAUCAAGCCCGGUCAGAAACACUGUAAAUUCUGCACUUGGAGCACUUUACUAUGUCUGUGAUGAAUCUAACAAGGAAGAGGUUUUAAAGCCUGAAGUUAUUGAUGUCAUCAAGAGGUAUGCUGCAGCUGAAGAAGUUAGCGUGAGCUUCAGUAAUCUGGCUAAAGCAUUUCUGGACAAACAUUUAUCAGGAUGUUGAUUGCACUCACACAAAAGACAGAACCAUAAUGUAAGUGUGGAACCAAGUAUUUGAUCAUAUAAGUAGCUGAAGAGAGGAAUAUUGACCGUUCUCGCCAUUUUCUUUUGUAAAUUGACAUCUUUUCCUUAUGAUGGUGUAGAUAUUGUGUGGAAAUUAUAUAUGAAGAGAUUAGUUUGUUGUCAAAAUACAAAUGUGAAAAAUUCAAAA